AUGGUGAGGGUGUCGGAAGACGAACUGAGCGACAAGGGAUUGGAGGAAUUUUUGUCUGAUGACAGUGAUGAUGGAGAUGAAGCUUUGUUAAACAAAAAAUAUGCUGAAAAGGAAGCACUAAUAACACUGGAAACUAAAUUUCCUAAGAUUGUGACAAUUUUGGGAAUUCCGAAGGUGGAGGAAGAGAAACAUAGCAGACUGGCAGAGGUGCUGAAAAAAUUGUUUAUAAGACACUUAAAUGCAAAAAUAAGUGAUUCUUCCCUUUUGAAUAUUAAAAUUCAUAUGCCAGUUGAUGAAGAAAAGAAAACAAAAGGUAUAUGCUUUGUAACUUUUAACGACAGUUUUCAAGCAAAUGAGGCGGUGAAAAUCUUGAACAAGUUAAAACUGGAUGCAAAACACGUAUUAACAGCAUCGAAAAUGGAUGAUAUAGAAAAUAUUAUAAAUCGAGAUGAACGUGUCAUGCCAAUUAAUGUUGUCGGAUUUACAAGAGAAAAAAUUAGAUGGUGGUUAUAUGAUGAAAAGUGUAGAGAACAAUUUAUAGUACGAUAUGAUUCCCAUUUUGAAGUACAUUGGUUUGAUCCAUUAGAAAAAGAACCACAACUAAUAUAUACCACAUUUAAGAAAAAUGCACCUUUUUCAAGUGUACAAUGGAGUAAUCAAGGUUCAUAUUUAGUUAGUUUUCACAACCCAGGUAUAGCACUAUGGGGUGGUGAUACUUUUGAAAAAUUAAUUCGAUUACAACAUAAAAGUGUUAAAGAAAUUAGUUUUUCUCCAAACGAAAAUUAUGUAUUAACAUGGGAUGGUACUCCGGCAUCUUUAAGAAAUGAAAAAUCUAUCUGUAUAUGGAGAGUAAUAACUGGAAAAUUAUUACGUUCAUUUAUAACCCCUGAAUUUAGUGCUAAGGAUAAAAGUUUUCAUUAUUUUUUAUGGAGUCCAGACGAUAAGUACAUAGCAUGCAUAGGAAAACAGAAGGAAGUAUAUGUGUAUGAAUUACCCAGUAUGUUACUAAUGGAAGAUCAUGAAAAGAAAAGAACUCCUUUGAAAUAUACAUUAGUAAAAGAAUUUGAUUGGUCACCCGUUGAUAAUAUUGUUUCUAUUUGGAUUCCAGGAACUAAGGUUGCACCAGGAACUUUAGUGUUAGUUGAUAUUCCAUCAAGAAAAGAAUUAGUGUCUAGAAAAAUCUAUGAUGUUGUACACGCUUCUAUUCAUUGGCAAAGUAAGGGAGAUUAUUUGUGUCUUAAAACUACUAUUGAAAAAAAAAUCAGUAAAAAAAGUAAGAAAGAGUAUACCCAAUUAGAAAUAUUCAGAAUGAGAGAAAAAAAUAUUCCUGUUGAUAAUAUACAAAUUGAAGGAAUCAAAACGAAGCAAUUUCAUUGGGAAGAAUCCAAUAGUAAUAGAUUCGCUUUAAUAGUUAGAGAUGAAGUUACAAGUAGACAACAAAUUAGAUUCUACAAAAUUGCAAAUAAAGGCACAGCUAAAAAUGCCAAAUGGACCAGCACAUUUGAUAUUAACAGUCAGAUGAAUUUUAUGCGAUGGUCACCACAAGGAUCUUACUUUAUCUUAGCUUCAUUAGGAGCAGAAGGAUUACUAUACUUUUGCCAUCUCAAUUCAAAUGAUGAAGUGGAAGUAAUACACAAAGAUGAACACUUAUUAGCAAAUUCUGUUUCUUGGAGUAAUUGUGGAAGAUAUUUAGUUACAUCUAUAUCAAGUAUGCCAAAUGCAGCAAGUUCUAAUUAUAGGGAAGAAAAUAGUGAAACUGGGUUCUACAUAUGGUCAUUUCAAGGUAGAUGCUUAAUGACAAUAAAAAAACCGUCCUUUUUUCAAUUUUUUUUCAGACCACAUCCAAAAUCAUUAUUCAGUGAUAAACUAAAAUUAGACAUUAAAAAUAAUCUAAAAGAUUAUUCUAAAAAGUUUGAUGUUAUGGAUGAAAAAAUUAGACAUGCCAAAAGGAAUCAACUCAUUUCGGACAGAAAAAUUGUGGAAACUAUGUUUAAUCAAAAAAUGGAAAAAAUCACACAGCUAUUUCAGUCCUUUAAGGAAUACGAGCAGUUUAAGAAAAACUGGGAACAGUUUGAGAACCAGUUCGAAUGGGAAGAGAAGACGGUUGUCAUUGAACAUGUACUAUCUGUCAAACAGGAAAUAUUUUCUUAG